UACCCGCUCGUGCCCGCUUCAACGGCCAGCCCCAACCUUGUCUUUCGCAAGCCCAGUUAAAACGCGACCAUCUCAGACGGCAAUCCGUCCACCCCGGCCAACUUCGCAGCUCCAUACAUCAUUCUCGAAUCGCUCUUCCGUGCUGGGAAAUCAUCGAGACAACAAGCAACAGAUCCUCACCAACGCCAAAACUGCCUUCACACAACACCGACAGCAUACGACAGACAGCGUGUCAAUAACGCUUUACGAAAUCACUCGCGCAAGUCGCUCGACCAGCCACCACCGUCAAGAUGGGAGGCGGCGAUCUCAACCUCAAGAAGAGUUGGCACCCUCAGCUGCUAUCCAACCAGCGCCGCGUUUACGAGUCGGAGCAGCGCGCUCUCGAAGAACGCAAGAAGACGCAGCAGCGAGUCCAAGAACUCAAGGAGGAGCGCGCGCAGGAGGAAUUGCAAAAACAGAUCGAGCAGGCUGGUGGCACAAAACGCAUCGACCGUGUCGAGUUCCUCUACCAGGGCCCUACAGAUGGCGCUCUUGGCACUACAGAAGAGCUGGAAGGCUUCCUUCUGGGAAAGCGUCGCAUCGACAACAUCCUCACAAAGAACGACAAUAAGCAAGUCGAGUCAACGGCGGCAGAGGCCAACUUCAUGGCUCUUGGCAACGCAAACUCUGCCCGCGACACAGCCCAAAAGAUCCGCGAAGACCCCCUGCUCGCCAUCAAGCGCCGCGAACAGGCCGCGUACGAAUCCAUGAUGAACGACCCCAUCAAGCGCCGUCAACUCCUAGCCUCGAUGGGUAUCGAAGAUGCAAAGAAGGAGAGCCGGGACAAGACAAAACACCGUCGCCAUCGUGAAGACCGCGAAAAUGGCCGUGACAGACGCCACAAGAGGAGGAGAUCAGAGGACCGUGACCAGUCGCGCAGCAGGGACAGGAAUGGCGCAAAUUCCGAGAGGAAACAUCGCAGCCGGCGCGACGACUCCAGAGAUAGGAGAAGUCGCCGCGACAGGCAUGAUGGCCAUGACGAAAACCACAGGCGAGAGGACAGCAGAUCCCGCCAUCGGUCUCGCUCAAGAUCCCCGAGGCGCUCGCAAGCACAUGAAGCAAGCAGGCGUCAGCGCUCUCGCUCCCCUCUGAAGCAUGGUGACAGGUCAGAAGACCGCCAUCCUCGACCUUCUCGAGAUGGUCGUGCCGUUCGUGAUGGCAGUGAGCCACGGCGCCAGCGAUCUUCUGGAGAGUCUCACGAUGACAGGCGAGAUUCUUCUCGACGAGAGCCAGAACGCAACCAGGGACGCUACGACAGAAAUUCCCGCUCCGACUGGACACGUCACAACAACAAGCACAAAUCUCAUGGAGGCGCGAGGAGUGGUGACGACAAGGCUGCUGACGAAGAGCGGGCUCGCAAGCUGGCAGCCAUGCAAGAAGCAGCGUCGGAGCUUGACCAAGACCGACAGAGGAGGCUGGCUAAGAUCGAGGCGCGUGAGAGGGAUGAGCGCGAGGCGGACUCCCAGGCGCGGAUGCAAGACAACCGGCAGGGAGGCGGAAGAGCCUUUGUCAACGGGCUGCACCGCAAAGCGGGCGAGAUGUCGCUGUCUGAUCGCAUUGGGAGGAGCAAACGAGGGCUGCAGAAGGACGAGGAGUGAGGGACGGGACUGUUACGGGGUGGUUAUCUGUGAAUGGGGAUUUUGGUUGACGUUUCGAUACCCAAGCAAACCGAGCAGCUGGACGAUAAUGAAUGACUGCAUUUUGACAUCUGAUUGCCCUGUAUUCGACAUUUCUUUUGUCGCCCCGAGUCACGCUACAGAACCUUGGCGAUACUAAAUUUGGACUCAGUAUUGAUUGCAUGCUCCUUCGCGUCACAUGACAAUUCACGUGUGUCAACCC